CGUUUGCUGCGUGUAGUAUUGAAGAUCCAGCCUGCGGCAAUCGGUAUUGGGAAGGGCUGGUGCUAAAGCGGCGCAUCAGUACCAGCGCCAGGGAUACUGCCGCCCCAGUCCAUAUGCGUACCAAUGACCCGGGCGCGCCGCACCAGACUUACUUCUGUUCGAAGAGAGAAAACGAGGAGGACUUUACUUGGUCAACGAAAGGAAGGAGGAAAGCGAAGUGGCACUCUGAUCUGCAACCGAGGAGGCUGGCAGGGAAACGUUGGAAUGACUUUAGCCAGCCAGGCUUGACGCAUAAUCCCGCCCAGCCAAGCUGUUCGAGAGAGAGAAUCUUGCCUGCUUCAACUCAUAUCCUCACCAGAUACGAUUUAGCGAGGACUGCUGUCUCAUUCACACACUCUCAUACCGGGAAAAGGCUAUUUAUUUGACCAAUUCCACUGCAUUCCACUGCAUUCCACUGCACAGCAGAGGUCGCACGUUUUGAAGCCAUUUUGAUCAUUUGAAACUACUUAGGUUAUUUUCGUCUUUUUUUAACGAGGCAAGACGGAGGCAACCACCACCCACUCUGUCGAGGUUAAAUGUGCUAGAAUUACUAAAGACACACAUUUGUACAGCACUGUCACUGCAUAGGCGAAAACCUCCUAUUUGAAGCGCACUGAGACGUGGACGGGACUUGAUCAUUCCGCUUUAUCUACCAGAGAGUUCGAGUCAAGAUGACAGCCCUCACGCUGGUCUUGCGGCCCGCCUGCUGCUGAUGGUAACGUACAGGAUGUCUUUUAACGGUCUCAGGAUCCAGAACCAACCGAUUUAUCAAUGGAGGAGGAGAGUGUCACCCGCAAGAUCAACAACAGCUUCCUACGCGACCACAACUAUGCUACUGAAGCUGACAUCAUCUCCACGGUGGAGUUUAACCCUUCGGGGGAGCUGCUGGCCACAGGGGACAAAGGAGGAAGAGUGGUGGUCUUCCAGAGAGAACAGGAGACUAAAAGCGAGCCCCAAAGGCGAGGGGAGUAUAAUGUGUACAGUACGUUCCAGAGUCAUGAUCCAGAGUUUGACUACCUGAAGAGUCUGGAGAUCGAGGAGAAGAUCAACAAGAUCAGAUGGCUGCCGCAGCAGAACGCUGCCUACUUCCUCCUCUCCACCAACGACAAGACAGUGAAGCUCUGGAAGAUCAGUGAGAGAGACAGACGACCAGAUGGAUACAACCUGAAGGAUGAAGACGGACGAAUCAGAGACCCAUCUACAAUCACCUCACUACGGGUUCCUGUUCUCCAGAACACAGAUCUGAUGGUGGAGGCGACAGCGCGGCGUGUGUUCAGUAACGCCCACACCUACCACAUCAACUCCAUCUCUGUGAACUCUGACCUCCAGACCUACAUCUCCACCGACGACCUCAGGGUCAACUUGUGGAACCUGGAGAUCACCGACCAGAGCUUCAACAUUGUGGACAUUAAGCCGUGUAACAUGGAGGAUCUGACGGAGGUGAUUACAGCAGCAGAGUUCCAUCCUCAGCAGUGCAACACCUUGGCUUACAGCAGCAGUAGAGGGUCAGUACGACUCUGUGACAUGAGGAAACAGGCGCUCUGCGACACACACUGCAAGUUCUUUGAGGAGCCAGAGGACCCCUCCACCCGUUCAUUUUUCUCAGAGAUCAUCUCUUCCAUCUCAGACAUCAAGUUUAGUCACAGCGGGCGCUUCUUGAUGACACGGGACUACCUGACGGUCAAGGUGUGGGACCUCAACAUGGAGACCAGACCGGUCCAGACAUACCAGGUCCAUGACUACCUGAGGGGUAAGCUGUGUUCUCUGUACGAGAACGACUGCAUCUUCGACAAGUUUGAGUGUGUCUGGAACGGGUCAGACAGUGUCAUAAUGACGGGGUCUUAUAAUAAUUUCUUCCGGAUGUUUGAUCGGAACACCAAGAAAGAUGUGACCCUGGAGGCUUCCAGAGAGAACAGCAAACCCCGGGCCAUCCUCAAACCACGCAAGGUGUGUGUGGGUGGGAAGCGUCGUAAAGACGAGGUGACUGUUGACAGUCUGGACUUCAGUAAGAAGAUCCUCCACUCCGCCUGGCACCCACAGGAAAACAUCAUCGCCGUGGCAGCCAGUAACAACCUCUACAUCUUCCAGGACAAGGUCACCUAGGCAGAAGAGGAAAAGGAUGGAGUGGAGAUAGAGAGACAUGAGGAGAGGAGAGGAAUAGAGGGGAGAUAGAGAGACAAGAGGAGAGGAAUGGAGCGGAGAUAGAGAGACAUGAGGAGAAGAAUGGAGGGGAGAUAGAGAGACAAGAGGAGAGGAAUGGAGGGGAGAUAGAGAGACAUGAGGAGAAGAAUGGAGGGGAGAUAGAGAGACAA